AUUGAUUUGUGAUGGAAAGCGAAUAAAAGUGACGAUGUUGAUAGUGAUGGGAAGAAGGGAAAGUACUUUCUUCCUUCACGCUUUACCCAAAAAAAAGCGCAAGUCAAAUCUCACGUGCGCGGCGUACGCUUCUAGGUGCAAAAGAUAUUCGGUGUAUGAAUAUCAUCAGACCAACACUGGUAGCGCACUCUCCAGAAGCUGAAACAACAACACCAUUAGCAACCAUGUAAUGGAAUGCAAUCGUGGUAACAAUGAGUUUGACAUCACGACAAACAAAUUUUUCAGCUGCCGGACAAACGGCUACAAGUAUAGAGACAUGUAUUGCAAGUGUUGAAUUUGCAUGUAGAACGCUCGAAGCAAGCAAUGCAACAUUGACGGAUGAGACGAAGGAUCUUGCAAGACUUGCUAAUGCCGUACGAUCGAAGCGAUAUUUUGACUUGAUCUCUGAACGGGAAAUCAAAGAUGCACAAGAUCAUUUGAGCGUAGAAAUUCUACCUCAAUUGAAAGAACUUAUUCUUAAAGCGGAAGAGGCUUUGCAAAAAGAUGAAAGAAGGGCAAAAAUCCUUCGUGGAAAGUCCGCCCAACAAUCCACAAGGUUGGAACAAUUUGCCCAAUUAUAUGAUGUUUCAAUCGAUAAAAUACGUAAACUCUCGGACGAAUCCAAAAACAAUGAAGUCAUCGGAUCGAAUGAAAAUCAAAAGAACAAAGCCGAAAAGAUGAACCAGCACUUGACUUCAUUGCGAGAAAAACGCAUCACUCUUCAAAGAGAGAUGGCAAAGAUGGAAAGAGAAGUAAGGCAAAAAGGACACGCAGUUCAGUGACAUACAUGAGAUUAAUUGUACACUAUCAAAUGAUGUUUUUUUAAUAGAUGUAAUACUAGAAUGAUUGAUCGUGAUCACCAAGUCGAU